GGUCCAGCAUGUGCACGUUGCGGCUCCUGCUCGCAACUUGUCAGUGACGAAGGUGGCAAAGCUGCAAGUGGGUCAAGUGUGGCGUCCGGAUGGAGUCGAGCUUGUGGCUCGCCAACAGGCGCUACCGAGCUUCCCUCACCGGCUGGACUUUUAAGUGGACCCGAGUUGAUCACAAGAACUGCCAUCACAAAACAAUUUCGGUGUCGGUGGCGGACGUCGUCGGCGUGGAGGAGGGGCGAGUUAGCGGCCUGCCCUGCAAGUCUGCAGAGGACUCCGACAAAGACUUUACUGUGUUCUACGUGAAGCGUGUGAGCAGCGGGAGCUCCCGGGGGUUGCUAUGGCGACUGGGCCACACCCAGUUUACCUGUCCGAGUCGGGUCCUGAGAGACCAGUGGACCAAUCAUCUGAGAGCGGCUCUCAAAACUCAUUGUCCUUUGCGUCCAAACAGAUUAUUGGUUUUUAUCAAUCCAUUUGGAGGGAAGAAGAAAGGAAAGCAAAUCUUCGACUCUCUGGUUGCGCCUCUCUUUGAGAUGGCUGGAAUCAGCUCUCACGUUAUCGUAACGGAGCGAGCCAAUCAGGCUCGAGACCACCUCCUCAAAAAAGAUCUCACAGGCUUUGACGGCGUGGUGUGCGUCGGUGGCGACGGCAUGUUCAGUGAGGUGCUCCACGGCGUGAUUGGUCGCACCCAGCAAGAGGCGGGCCUGUGCGAGAACGAGCCGUCCGCUGUGUUACAAGUGUGUCCGCUCCAUAUCGGCAUCAUCCCGGCAGGCUCCACAGACUGUGUGUGCUACGCCACUGUGGGGGUCAUUGAUCCCGUCACUUCAGCUUUGCACAUCAUCAUUGGCGACUCUCAGCCUUUGGACGUGUGCUCAGUGCAUCAUUCCAACACUCUGGUGCGCUACUCCGUGUCCCUGCUGGGUUACGGCUUCUACGGCGACGUGCUGGCCCAGAGCGAAAAAAAACGCUGGAUGGGACCGCUCAGAUACGAUUACGCCGGCGCUAUGGUGUACCUGAGCAACAGAAGCUACAAGGGCGUGGUUCACUUCCUGCCGGCGGACCCCAUGCUUUCCAGCCCGAGGGACAAGACACACUGCCUUUCAGGGUGCGAUGUGUGUUCCAGGAACAGGGAUAGGUUUUUCCCCCAAUCUGCAGAUUCAAGCUCACUCUGCAGCUCCUACCUUAGCAAGAGCAGCAGUGACUCAGAGGGUGACUGGGUGAGGGUGGAGGGCCGCUUCCGCUGCGUGUCUCUGACUUGCAUGUCGUGCUCGUGUCCCAAAAGCCCUCUGGGCCUCUCGCCCUCGGCUCACCUGGCCGACGGAACGGGCGACCUCAUCCUGGUUUGGGACUCGCACCCGCUGGGCUUCCUCAAGUACCUCUACAGGCACACCAGCUCACAGGACCAGUUUGACCUCCCGUUUGUGGAGGUCCACCGAGUGAAGGCAAUUCGCUUCUCUGUAUCCUCUGGCGAAGAAGAGGACGCGUACAAGAAGGUGGGAGAACCCAGUCUAGAUGAAGAAGAAGAAGAGAAGGGAGGAUACAACGAGGAGCUAAGCAGGAACGGAUCUCAGCAGCACUUGACCACCAAACCCGCGCAACCCCCCAAAGCGACGUGCGGCGUCCUCUGCGGAGUGUGCUGCAGCAGCGCUCCCACGACGUCCGUGUGGAACUGCGACGGGGAGAUUCUGCCCUUCACUGACAUCCUCUGCAGGAUUCACGGGCAGCUGGUGCGACUUUACGCAAGGGGCAUUGAAGACCCAGCGACCGCACAUCCAGAGCUCGUGUGAAGAACCAUGGCGGCAAAAGAAGAAAGGAAGUCUUUCGAGAAGCUGUUCGCCAAAUGCUAUUUUUAUCCACUACAGUGAAUUCAAUAAACUAUUUAUUUUUAUAUAUA